GUUUACUUUUUUUAAACUUAAACAACAUAAAAAAAAAUUCCAAAUUUAUUCGCCUCUAAUGCUUUGAAAAGAUUAUUUAUGUAUUUCUUGGCGUUAGCUAAUGGUGUGCCGCUUAUCACUUGAUCCUUUGACAUCUGUUAUCGCCGUAAUAAUAUUUAUCCUAUCUUAAAACCGAAUUAGAACUGCAGUAGUUGCCUCCAAGAUUUCGGCUCGUUACUUUAAUAAUUUUCAGCUGCAAAAUGGGGGGAAAAUACUCCAAAAUGGAUCCAAUGGAGGUUGAGGUUCCUGAAAUUGAAAGUUUUUUUAAUCGGGAUCCCUAUCUGAGGAAAUACGAGAGGGAAAUUCGCCGCCGUUAUGGUGUUUUUAAAGAUCGCUUGGAAUUAAUAGAAGAAUCUCCUGGAGGAAUUGAGGAUUUUACAAAGGCAUAUAAGCAUUAUGGUGUGCAUGUGCAAGCCAACAACUCCAUAAUCUGCAGAGAAUGGGCACCUGGGGCCAAGGGAAUGUGGUUAACAGGAGAAUUUAAUCGCUGGAACAGAUACUCUCAUGCUUAUGAAAAAAAAGAAUUUGGUAAGUGGGAGCUAUACAUUCCUGCAAGAACAGACGGAAGUGCUGCUAUUAAACAUCUUUCCGAAAUCAAGGUUGUAGUCCAAAACGCUGAAGGAGAAAAAUUAGACAGAUUGUCACCUUACGCACCAUAUGUGGUAGAACCAGGAAAGGGAGAGGGAACCAUAUACAAGCAACUCUUUUAUAACCCCCCCAGGGAAGAGCGUUAUCAGUUUAAACAUGACAGCCCCACAAAGCCUAAAAGUCUGAGAAUCUAUGAAUGCCACGUCGGUAUUGCAACUGAGGCAUUGGGAGUGGGCUCAUAUUCAAAUUUUACCGAUAAUAUUUUACCCAGGAUUGUUAAACAAGGUUACAACGCUAUCCAAAUAAUGGCUAUAAUGGAGCAUGCCUAUUAUGCCAGCUUUGGCUAUCAAGUAACUAGUUUUUAUGCUGCGUCAAGUAGAUUCGGAACUCCUGAGGAAUUGAAACGUUUGGUAGACAGAGCACAUGAACUUGGCUUAACAGUACUGCUAGAUAUUGUGCAUUCUCAUGCCUCCAAGAACGUUUUGGAUGGUUUAAACAUGUUUGAUGGCACUGAUGCCUGUUUUUUCCAUACUGGAAGUCGUGGUACGCAUUCUUUGUGGGAUUCUCGACUCUUUGAUUACUCAGAAUAUGAAGUGAUGAGAUUUUUGCUUUCAAAUAUCAGAUGGUGGCAAGAUGAGUACCAUUUUGAUGGGUUCAGAUUUGAUGGAUGCACCUCAAUUAUGUAUCAUUCUAGAGGCAUUGGUCAAGGGUUUUCUGGUAAUUAUGAUGAAUAUUUCGGAUUGAACAGUGAUACAGAUGGGCUUAUUUACUUGAUGUUAGCCAAUUACGUUGUGCAUUAUUUUAAUUCAGAAGGGCUUACUAUUGCUGAGGAUGUCUCUGGUAUGCCCGGUACCUGCCGGCCUAUAGAAGAGGGUGGCUUGGGAUUUGAUUAUAGGCUUGCCAUGUCUAUACCUGAUAAGUGGAUAGAAAUACUUAAGAAGUAUAAAGAUGAGGAUUGGGAUAUGGGUAACAUCGUGCACACCUUAUCAAACCGUCGUUGGAUGGAGAAAUCGAUAGCUUACGCAGAAUCUCACGAUCAGGCUUUAGUAGGAGACAAAUCUUUGGCCUUUUGGUUGAUGGACAAAGAAAUGUACACACACAUGAGUACCCUCUCACCCCUAUCAAACAUUAUUGAUCGCGGAAUAGCUUUACACAAGAUGAUUCGAUUUCUAACUCACGGCCUAGGGGGUGAGGGAUGGCUGAAUUUUAUGGGCAAUGAGUUCGGUCAUCCUGAAUGGCUCGAUUUCCCCCGGGAAGGCAACAACAGCUCUUACCACUACGCUAGACGACAAUGGAGUUUGGUGGAUGAUGACUUACUAAAGUAUAAAUUUUUAAACAACUUUGAUCGCGCUAUGAACUUGGCUGAGGAGAAGUAUGGAUGGUUGUCAUCAAAUCCAGGUUAUGUAAGCCUGAAGCAUGAAAACGAUAAAAUCAUCGUGUUUGAGAGAGCUGGAUGCAUUUUCAUAUUUAACUUCCAUGUCUUUCAAAGUUAUCCCAGCUAUAAAAUUGGAGCACAAGGAGGAGGCGUAUUUAAAAUUGUUUUCCAUUCGGAUGAAGAGGAAUUUGCCGGUUUUAACAGGGUUGAUAAAUCUGUUGAAUACCCUUGUAAGGAUGAAAUGUACUGCGGCAGAAGCCACUCUUUACAGGUCUAUAUCCCAACGCGCACCUGUAUCUUACUUGCCAGGAAAGAGACUUUUGACUAAGCAGGUGUUAAGUAAUCUUUUUUGUACUGAUAUUGUUCCUUAGUAACAUGAAUUUUUUGAGGCCAUAAGAACAAUUUAUUGAGUUAAAUUUUGUAUAAUAUAUUAUAAACAUGUAGGGCAGAAAUGAAUAAUAGGCGAUUUUGCGCUAUAAUAUUGUUAAAUUUAAAUAAAAUAGUUAUCAUUUGCGGGGUAUGACCAAAUUAAUAUAUUUUUGUAUCUAAAAUUGUUGUUAAAAAAUAUUUGCUGUUACUAAAAUUAAUAAUUUUUUUUUUUUGAAAUAUAUAUUUUUUAAAAGUU